CAUGCGCAGUAGGGCAAGUUACAGAGGCGCUAAAUACGAUCGUCUGUGGUUGAAUGAAAUCAUUUGAUUGUAAAGAUCUAUUUUCAGUUAACGGACAUGUCAAACACUGCUGAAGAAAUCAUACAGAUAGUUGGCAGCAUAUUGGAAAAAGAGAAUACAGAUGAUGGGGUGUGGUUGAAGCUGCUGGAUGAAGCACUGAGACUGAUUAGUAGCCUCCAUUCAGAUUAUCUUGGUGGAAUUGAAAAGACAAAAUGCAUAACUGGUACAUUUCAGCUUGAAACUUGCGGAGUGUCUUUGUGGAACCAUGCUGUUGGGCUGAAGACGAAAGGGUCUCUGUCCACUGUUACCAAUGCCAAAUUGAGGCACUUGUCCUUCAUGAUAGUAGCAUUUGCCAACCAAGGAGUUCUGGAUGAAGACACCCUGAAAAAACAAAUUGUGAUGGGGAUGAAAACAGGAAGAGCAUGGAUAGAUGCAUGUCAACCCGAACAAGCUGAAAUUGUUUUGAAUAUAUCAAAUCAGUGUGCCCAGAAGCUGCAUUCCAUUGUGAUAGAGCGGAAGAAUGAAACUGGUGGCGGAAGUGAUGUGAUGGAGAGACAGAGGGCGGAAAUAGAGAAGGACAUGUUUAAACUGCUGUGCUAUAAGGCAGAAGUGGAAAUGUUGCAGUGUAGAAAUGAAGCAGCUGUUAACUUGGUACAGAUGUCCAAACAGAUGCUGCCUAGAUUCCCACGAGAGAGUGGGUUUCUCAGCAUGCUGUGUUACAACUUUGGAGUCGACUUGUAUCAGAAGAAGAAGCAUGACGAGGCCAUCAACUGGCUCCGAGAAAGUUUUGACCUCAGCAAGGAAAGGAAAGGAGUAAUGCCUAGAAACCAGGCCAGAACACUUAGACUCUUGGCAAAUGCCUACAUUGAGAGUAACCCAUCAGAACACUUUGAGAAGGCCUUGAAUGCAGUGUCUCUGGCAAAUGCAGAACACUGCCACCCUGCUGGGCUGUACCUGAAGCUGAGGAUACUGCUCAUAGGAGGAGAGAAGGGGGCACCUGUCUCCGCAGUUUUGGAUGACAUCAUUAAGCACUCAGACUGCACCCUAGAGCUGGGACUAAGUGUUUUACAGUUGCUAAAGCAGCACAAAAGUGUUGAUAAUUCCAUGGACUUCCCGUCCCAGCUGAGAAGGAGGUUUGAGCAGUGCCCCGAUGUUGGUCGAAUCUUCAUCGCUCAGCUCCAGGCCUUACUGGAGAGUGACCAGUCCCAGCAAGCCAAGCUCUUCACUGAAGAAUGCAUCACUGCUCACAACACUGGUAGGCCACUGGACAUUAACACAAGGAAACAGUUCCACCUGGUGUUUUGGGAGCAGGCUGGCGCUGCUUUUGAGUGUAAAGAGUAUGGUGAGGCCCUGACAUGGUACAACUACUCCCUCAGCUUGUUCUCACCCAGUGAAAUGACCAGCGCCAACAUGGCCAAGCUCCAGAGAAACAGGGCUUCCUGCUUUGUAAACCAGGGACUUCUAUCACAGGCCAAAGAAUCAAUUCGGCAUGCUGAGAAAUGUGCCCCGGAUGAGGCUCACACCCACUUCAUCAUCUACAAGAUAGCCCUGGCGGAAGGUGAUCCUGACACAGCCAGCUCCAGUCUACAGAAGAUGGUGACUGGGGGUAAGGAUGGGCCAAAUGUCAGCCAGUCUCAAGCCUUCGGUCUCAUCUGUCUUGCAGCUCAAAUGGCUCUGGAGCAGAACCAUUGUGACACGGCCUGUAUGGCCCUGGACUUUCUCAUCACACACAGUGCAGACCACCAGCAGACCCUCACAGCCCUCCGCUGUCUGGUCAGGCUCAGACUGGGUCAGGCGGACAUGAAGAACUACUGCAGUGAAUCCCUUCAACCUAUUAUACCACUGAUCAGAACAGCCUACAACAAACUGCUGAUUCUUGGGAAACAGCCAUCAGGGGAGGGAACUCAGGAGGAGGCCACGUGGUUCAUGAAAAUAGCAUGGAAUCUUGCCUUAAAGUGUGAGGAUGACCCAUUCAACUUGAAAGACCUCUUCAGUCUCUGUUUAAAGCUGUUGUCCCUGCUGCCUGCUGACAGAGCACUUGUGUGUCGCCAGAAGACAUGCACUCUCAUGGCUGUUGCCGGCUGUCUUCAGAUGGCCAGGGCUCUCUCAGAUGACGAUAAUAAGAGAGAUCCACUGGAGGAAGCACUAUGCUACAUUGGAGAAUUCCAGUGCCUCCAGAGAGAGCAGGACAGUGUGACUUGGACACAGAUAGAGGAUACAAGAGGUCCUGAUACAACCGACAUGCUGUUGUUGCUGUACGAAUUUGAAGCCCGUGUGAAGCUGCAAGACAAUGGGGCCGAGGCAGUGCUGGAGAAAGCUCUUACUCUACCUCAGCCAGAACCCAAGACUUUUGAGGCUCUUGCAGCCCUUGCUGUGGAGCCACCGGCCAGUGACAGGAGUCUGAGUAUCCGGGCACUCAAAGUGGCCAUCAGGACACACCUGCAGGUGGACCAGCCCGACUUCAACAGAUGCAGCAAGGACAUCCACAGCCUGAUCCAGCUAUCAAUGAGCAUAGGCCAGUCCAGCAGUACACAGGAGACAUUCAACUACUUCAAAGAGACUAUAGACGUCAUCGACAAGAAGGCAAACGGACAUUAUCCUGAACUGGAAAUUGUUUGGUUGAUGACAAAGGCAUGGAACUGCGGCAUACAUUUCUACAGCUCCACGGACUACGAUGAGGCAGAAAGGUGGUGCAGUAUGAGCAUGGGACUCCUCAAGUACCUGACAACCAUGAGGCCCAACUACGAGGAUCAGAUGAACUCUGUGUAUGGCGAGAUACUGGAGAGGAUAGAGCAAGCAAGGGGUCAGCUGACCAUGGAGGAGUAGGACAAGGGGAUGAUUCCUAUCUGAUUCAUUAAACAGGCCUGAACAUCACCAUUUGGUGCUCAGCAACCACUUUUAAUAAAUGAGUCUUGCUAAGGGUAA